CAAACGUCCCCAGCGAUGCCAUUCAUGAAAGAAUCAAAUAACCCAUCAAAAAACCUCCCUCCUUCCUUCACCGUCACAAAUUCCGAACAAAUAGCAACCCUCUGGUCCGGCUACGGCUCAAUCACCCGUCUCCACCUCGGCGCACCACACAAACGCACCGCAAUCCUCAAACGCAUAACUCCGCCCUCACCCUCCCGCGACGACGAAGAGGAAGGCCAUCGGAGGAAGGUGAUAAGCUACGAGGUUGAGAGGUGGUUCUACACCGACCUCUUACCUUCACUCAAGCUUCAGAACAAAGCGGCGAAGAUCCCGACCCUCCUACACGCUGCAGACCUAUCCCUCGGUUGCUGCCUACUGUUGGAAGAUUUGAGUAUUGAGUAUCCACUUGAUGCUUGGAGCUGUGGUCUCGUGCAGACGAAGACGGUCUUGCGGUGGCUUGCUGGGUUCCAUGUACAGUUCUGGGGGUGGGAGGGGCCUGUGCGGUCACCACCGAUGAAGGAAAGGGGAGAGAAGGUGGGAGUGUGGGAGCAGGGUGGAUACUGGUACCUCGAUACCCGGCGAUCCGAAUUCGAAGAUUCUCCGGACUCCCGUGUGAAGGCUGCAGCGAAGUGGGUUGAUGAGAAAUUGAAGGAGGAGAGGAGAUAUAUGACCUUAUUACACGGUGAUCUGAAGGCGGCGAAUAUUGUGUUCAAGAAGGAAUUCGAGGAAUGUGCGAUGUAUGAUUUCCAAUAUGUGGGGCGUGGGUUGGGCAUGCGGGAUGUCGUGUACUUCCUCGCCACGUCUGUUUCGUCACGGCUUUUGACACGGGAGGGUGAGGCAGAGCUAUUAAACUUUUACUACCGAGAACUGACGAAGGGGUUGGAGGGAGAGGGGUAUACGAGGGAAGUGAUGCAGGAGCACUUUGCGUUAUGUAUGGUUGAUUGGAUGAGGUUCAUGGAGGGGUGGGGAACGUGGGGGAAUGCCAGCUGGGUCAAGCGACGCGUCGAACAAAUCCUCGAUAACAUGGAUCUAUAGCUCUCUAG